CUACAGAAGAGAGAGAAAGGAGAGAGAGAGAGAGUUUGGGAGAAGAGAAGAGAGGAGAGGAAGGUAACGUAUCUGGAUCCGGAUCUAGAUCUUGCUUCGUUAAUGUGAUGAUGGUGGCUUCAGGAUUUCGUGCGUAUCAACUAUGGAUCUUUGUUUCGUUUCUUCUCUUCGUCCAUGGCUACUGUUUUUAUCUUCCAGGUGUUGCUCCUGAGGAUUUCGAGAAGGGGGAUCUUCUGAAGGUGAAAGUUAACAAAUUGACUUCAAUAAAAACACAACUUCCUUACUCGUAUUACUCCCUUCCUUUCUGCAAGCCAGAUAAGAUAGUUGACAGUGCAGAAAAUCUUGGCGAAGUCCUUCGUGGUGACCGUAUUGAAAACUCUCCUUAUGUGUUCAAAAUGCGAGAGCCUCAGAUGUGCAAUAUCCUCUGCCGCUUGACUCUCAACACAAAAACUACAAAGGAGUUCAAGGAAAAGAUAGAUGAUGAGUAUAGGGUGAACAUGAUUUUGGAUAAUCUUCCUCUGGUUGUUCCUAUUAAGAGGCUGGAUCAAGAAUCUUCAUUUCUGUACCAACAUGGAUACCACAUUGGUCUCAAAGGACAAUAUGCUGGUACCAAGGAAGAAAAGUAUUUUAUCCAUAAUCACUUGACUUUCAUAGUAAAGUUUCACAAGGAUCUGCAAACAGAGGCUUCAAGAAUUGUAGGUUUUGAAGUCAAGCCAUUCAGUGUAAAGCAUGAGUACGAAGGAGAGUGGAAAAAUGAGAAUACACGUCUAUCAACGUGUGACCCCCAUGCAAAACAUACAGUUACCAACUCUGACACUCCUCAGGAGGUUGAUGAUAAAAAGGAUAUAAUAUUUACAUACGAUGUGGAGUUUCAGGAGAGUGAUGUGAAAUGGGCAUAUCGAUGGGAUACCUAUUUAUUGAUGGCGGACGAUCAAAUUCACUGGUUCUCAAUUGUGAACUCAUUGAUGAUUGUUCUUUUCCUUUCUGGAAUGGUAGCUAUGAUUAUGUUACGAACACUCUACCGCGACAUCUCCUCGUAUAACCAGUUAGAGACUCAGGAAGAGGCUCAAGAAGAGACUGGAUGGAAAUUAGUUCACGGAGAUGUUUUCAGACCACCUGCAAAUUCCGAUCUCCUCUGCAUCUAUGUAGGGACCGGCGUUCAGUGUUUUGGGAUGAUUCUAGUCACAAUGAUUUUCGCUGUUCUUGGAUUCCUAUCUCCUUCCAACCGAGGCGGUUUAAUGACAGCCAUGCUUUUAUUGUUCGUUUUCAUGGGCCUCUUUGCUGGAUACUCAUCUUCCCGUCUAUACAAAAUGUUUAAAGGAACCGAAUGGAAGAAAAUAUCCGUCAUGACCGCGUUCAUGUUCCCAGGGGCAGUUUUUGUAAUUUUCUUCAUCCUGAAUACGCUAAUCUGGGGCCAGAAAUCGUCAGGUGCAGUCCCCUUUGGAACAAUGCUUGCUCUAGUCGUGUUAUGGUUCGGAAUUUCGGUCCCUCUAGUUUUCGUAGGCGGGUACAUCGGUUUUAAGAAGCCAGCACUCGACGACCCUGUAAAAACAAACAAAAUUCCAAGGCAGAUACCAGAGCAAACGUGGUACAUGAAUCCAAUAUUCUCAAUCCUCAUCGGUGGGAUUCUCCCAUUUGGAGCUGUGUUUAUCGAGCUCUUCUUUAUUCUGACAUCAAUCUGGUUACAACAAUUCUACUACAUCUUCGGUUUCCUUUUCAUCGUGUUUGUGAUUCUGCUGAUCACUUGCGCUGAAAUCACAGUUGUGCUAUGCUACUUCCAGCUGUGCAGUGAGGAUUACUUGUGGUGGUGGAGAUCGUAUCUGACAUCCGGUUCGUCAGCACUAUACCUGUUCCUUUACGCUGCUUUCUAUUUCUUCACAAAGCUUGAGAUAACAAAGCCGGUUUCUGGGAUAUUGUAUUUCGGGUAUAUGCUGAUUGGUUCGUACGCGUUCUUUGUGCUGACGGGUACAAUAGGAUUCUACGCCUGUUUCUGGUUCACUAGGCUUAUCUAUUCAUCGGUCAAGAUUGAUUGAUCCUGGACGGGUUUGGAACGUUUUAUUGUUGAGGUUAUUUUUUUAACGCUUAUUUUGUUUUGACAAGAAGAAACACACAUUAUGCGUCAAAUACAGAAUAUGGGUGGUAGUAUUAGCAUCUUUAGUUUCUUUAUUUGUUCAUCAUCAUUAUAUGUCUAAUGUUUUGUAUUGAGACACUAAAGAAGAACAAGGCAUCCACGUAUAUGCAAAAUUGUGUGGCCUUCAAGGAUUUUAUUAAAUACCCCCUUCAUUCACCAA